AUGAAUAAAUUCAAUUCACCAAGCUCCAAUAAUAGUGGAGCUUCUUCCGAAACCAGUGAAUCACAAAGUGUUGAGGAUGCUAAUGCAAGUGCUGGUGUCACAACUGAUGCAAUAAGUACAACUGCAACAAAAUUAAGCAAUCGAACAUCAAAAGGUUCGAAACGCACAAAAGAGUCGACGUCAGACAAAGAGACCGAGAGGCCACCCUGGCGUGCAGUUAGCAUGUCUACUUUACCCAAACCUGAUAAAAACGCAAUUUUAAGAGCUAAACUUUUGGAUGCUUCAAGACGUUUAAGGGCUGGUAAAACGACUGUUGCUAUUCAAGCUGACAUUACUCCGACUAAAUUAAUGAAAGAAGUCAAUUUAGGUACACAGGUGGACUUAAUACUCUAUAAGGAUGUAGGAAUUUUAACUGAUGGCUCGUACACAAUUAAAAAGGAUUUCUCCGAUUCUGAUACAGAUCAAUUUAUUCUUACAUAUUCAGUUGCACAAAUGACAGAUGGGAUUAUAUUUGCAAAUGCUUCAACUCAAACUUUAUUGCCUAAAGUAAGCGGUGAUGAUUUCAUGAAGGCUUAUUACUCUGACAACUGCAGUACCGAUUCUGAAGAUUUUGAUGAAGUAGAAAAAAAACUUUUGGAACAAAUAAGAAAAAUCCGUGCAGUUAAUCACAAAUCUUAUCAAGAGAAAAUUGAGAAUAUCAAUGAAUCAAAUGACAUAUCACCAACUGAAACAGUUAUUGCUGAUGAAGUAUCCAUAAGAAAUCCAAACUCAAAUAACGUAAUAGAAGAUGAUAGUUCAGUUAAGAGAAUGACAGGAUAUUUGUUGAAUAAACCAACAUUUGACUACUGGGAUUUUGAUUACGAUGGAUAUGAUAAAAAUUCUAUAUAUCAAUCAUAUACCAUUGAAUCAAGAAAACCUUGGAAAAGCUUCUUACCAGCAGAAUUGUACUUACGCAGAAGUUUAUAUGGAAAACAACAAUUUUCUUGGGGUAUAUUUCUUUCGGCUGUGGAUGAACUUUUGGAAGAAUCUAAUCGCUUGGUAGAUAUUUUAGAAAGUCAUAGCAGAAAAAAGAUUAAUAAAGAUUUUGAAAAAAAUGAUGAAGUGCAGAAUUUAAGAAUACCAAUGCCAUCAAAGCCUGUGCUACCAUCAGUUCAUUGGUUACCAAUUAUUGAUGAACAAGAGAAAGAACUAAAGCAGUUACUAGACAAAUUUAACAAGGGGAAAGACAAAAAAUGAUUUCUUUAAUCUUCUUAACUAUAAGAACUACAAGAACUGAGAAUGGGUAUUAAUUUUGAUGAUCUUCAUAUAUUCCAUAGAAAUUUAUGUACAGAAGAUGAUG